AUGGCCUGUGACCCCAACGCCAGCAUGCAGGUCGGGAUGCGGGUGGUCCGUGGCCUGGACUGGAAGUGGAACAACCAAGACAACGGGGAAGGGAACGUCGGGACGGUGGUGGAGAUCGGCCGCCAAGGGAGCCCAACGACGCCGGAUAAGACGGUGGUGGUGCAAUGGGAUCACGGGACCCGGACCAACUAUCGGACUGGGUUCCAAGGAGCCUAUGACCUGCUUCUGUACGACAAUGCACAGAUAGGCGUCCGCCACCACAACAUCAUCUGCGACUGUUGCAAGAAGCACGGGAUCCGAGGGAUGCGCUGGAAGUGCAAGGUGUGCUUCGAUUACGACCUGUGCAUGCAGUGCUACAUGAACAACAAGCACGACCUCUCCCACGCCUUCGAGCGCUACGAGACGGCCCACUCCCGCCCAGUCACCGUGAGUCCCCGGCAGAAUUUGCCCCGCGUCACGCUCAAGGGCAUUUUCCAGGGCGCCAAAGUGGUCCGGGGCCCCGACUGGGAAUGGGGAAACCAGGACGGCGGCGAAGGUAAAACUGGGCGUGUGGUUGACAUUCGCGGCUGGGACGUGGAGACCGGGCGGAGCGUGGCCAGUGUGACGUGGGCCGACGGCACCACGAACGUGUACCGCGUCGGGCACAAGGGAAAAGUUGACCUCAAGUGCAUUGUGGAAGCCUCGGGAGGAUUUUACUACAAGGAGCAUCUCCCUAAAUUAGGGAAGCCUGCUGAGCUUCAGAAAAAGGAGAGUACGGACCGUCAUCCUUUCCAACACGGGGACAAGGUGAAAUGCUUGCUGGACAUAGACAUCCUAAGGGAGAUGCAGGAAGGACAUGGGGGUUGGAACCCCAAAAUGGCCGAGUUCAUUGGCCAAACUGGAACCGUACAUAGGAUCACGGAUAGAGGCGAUGUGAGAGUCCAGUUCAACAGUGAUACGCGGUGGACAUUUCACCCUGGUGCUCUUACCAAGCUGAACACCUUUUGGGUGGAUGAUGUGGUUCGGGUGAUAGACGAUAUAGAGGCAGUCAAGCAGCUACAAGCUGGUCAUGGGGAAUGGACAGAUGAAAUGGCUCCUACCCUGGGGCACAUCGGGAAGGUGAUUAAAGUGUUCGGAGAUGGAGAUCUUCGGGUGUCUUUUGCUGGCCAGUCCUGGACGUUCAACCCUGCCUGCCUGACAGCCUACCAGCGAGAGGAAGAUGCAAACUUCAUGACCACGGAGGACGCGAAAGAGUCUAAAAGCACGUUGCUUUCUGUGCUGGGGAGGCUGCUCUCCCAGAAGAUGGAGUCAGACAACCCGGGGCGGCUGGUCAUCGAGGCGGCCCAUGGAAACACCUCCAAAGUCCGGGACCUGGUCCAGAAAUAUCCAGACAAGGUUGAUAUCAAGAACCAAGGCAGGACGGCUUUGCAGGUGGCUUCUUACCUGGGCCAGGUGGAGGUGGUGAAGAUCUUACUGCAGGCCCACGCCAACAUCCACCUGCGGGAUGAGGAAGGCGACACCGCCCUUCAUUACGCAGCCUUCGGGAACCAAGCCGAGAUUGCCAGCGUCCUGGUCAGUCGAGGGGCCAACCCUGACCUCUUGAACAACGCCAAAUGCACGGCCAUGUACAUCGCAGUCAACAAAGGCUUCACGGAAGUCAUGCAGGCCUUGUGCGAACACAACUGCAAUGUCAACCUGCCGGAUUCGUACGGCGACACCCCGCUCCAUUAUGCCAUCACCGCCGACUUCAAGUGCAUCAUCGAGGCCCUCACCGAAGUCCCCAAUAUCGAUUUCACCAUCCAGAACCGGCAAGGAUUCAACCUCUUGCACCACGCCGCUCUAAAGGGGAACAAAUUAGCCGUCAAAAAGAUCCUGUCGAGGGCCCGGCAGCUGGUCGACGCGAAGAAGGAAGACGGGUUCACGGCAUUACAUCUGGCCGCCCUGAACAACCACAAAGAAGUGGCAGAAAUCUUAAUCAGAGAGGGCCGUUGUGACGUCAACCUGAAGAACAACCGCAACCAGACGCCCCUACACCUGGCCGUCACCCAGGGCCACAUGGAGAUGGUGCAGCUGCUGGUGAGCGAGGGGGCUGACGUGAACACGGAGGAUGAGGAUGGUGACACGGCCAUGCACAUUGUCCUGGAGAGGGAGCACCUGAUGUCCAUCAUGGCCGAGCAGCAGCAGCAGCAGGAGGACGGGGAGGAGAGCAUCUUUGCUAAACUCCAGGCUUCUGGUUUCCUUGGCAACGUGGAGCUGAACGUGGGGUUCGCCAUUGCGUGCUACCUGGCGCAGGAAGGAGCUGAUAUCAAGUAUGCCAACCACCGGGGCAAGACCCCCCUCGACCUCAUCUCAGACGGAAGCAUCGCACAGCUCGUCAAGAACUUUUCCCAAAAAUUCAGAGAUAAUCAGGAUUCGGUGGAGAGCACCACCCUGCUGUGCAGCCUCGGACGGGUUCACACGACCCCGAACACCAUGACGAAUCUGAGCGUGGCCAAGCCAGCAGCUCCCUCGGAGUGCCUGGUGUGUUCGGAGCUCGCCCUGCUGGUCCAUUUCUUUCCCUGCCAGCACAGCAUCGUGUGUGAAGAAUGUUCGAGGAGAAUGAAACGGUGCAUCAAGUGUCAAGUGAUGAUCACCAAGAAGCUGAAACAAGAUAGCACGGAGGUGGAGUCCAGUCCCGGUUCCGAAACCACCGACCACCAGAAGCUGAUGGAAGACCUCCAGAGCCGCUACCGCCAGAUGGAGGAGCGCAUCACCUGCCCCAUCUGUAUCGACAACCAAAUCAAACUGAUCUUCCAGUGUGGACACGGCUCGUGCCAGGAGUGCGGCGGCUCCCUGUCCGUCUGCCCCAUUUGCCGACAGACGAUCCGCGAAAGGAUAGAGAUCUUUGUUUGAGAACGGCGCUCCAGACCUCUCCCCCCCCCAACGCUAGUCAACGCCCUCCGGAGAAACUCGGCCCGGCGAGUCGUUUUCGCCGAGAAUCUCGAACAGCUUUGUUCGAGGAUCUCGAGCGGCGUUGUGCGCUUGCCCAGAGUCCAGCCUUUGAUGGAGGAGGAACACAUUUCGUGGCAGCCGAUCCCAAGCGGCCGCUGCUUUCCUUUCCUUUCCUUCCCUUCUUUUUUUUCUUAAAGUAGACCAAAACACAGAUGUAACAGGUUUCUAGGUUUUGGGGCAAUACUUCUCAUGGCCUUACCCAGCUUCGAAAGGGGAGGAAGACACCCAUUUCUGAGAGCCCGUCGCGUUCCUCGGGGUGGGGGUCGGUGGGUGGGGAGGGAAAAACAAUAUCCUUGCACUUUAAAAAAAAAGUGGUGGGAGAGAAAGGUAUAAAAUCUGGCCUUGCUCUUUCUAGCAAAGGGAGUCAGCCCAAAGAGCAGAGGAAACAUACAAUCCAAUUUUUGGGGUUGUUUGGGGCAGGUUCCCCCCCCCUUUUGUUCUUUUCCCUGAUGCCACAUUCGGCCACAGAUAUGAUCAGAGAAGACAGACGGGGGCGUGUGUGUGAGAAUGAAGAAGGGAGACCCGUGCCUUCUUCGAGACGAAAUAGUGAAUAUUUACGGACUGUAUCCAGACUGGCAACAGAAGCAUCCCCUUAGGUGGCGAUGGCUCUUCUCUCUUCUCCAGUAAUUUCAAUGUUUAUUCUGCAUAACGGCAAAGAGCCUUUGGGUUUCCUCUCUUUUCCCUCCCACCCCCCAUCCACCCCAACCGAGGUGUCUUGUUUUAAAAAGAACCGAGAGACCACAAUCGAAAUGAGAACCGUCAGGGGAGGAGAGGAGGCCAGGAAACUCCCCUCGGUCGUCGGCUGGCAGCCUUGAAUAAAGUUUCUUUACACACCACA